AAUGCUUGGCACCGAUUUUUUUAAAUUAAAUUAUGGUAGGGCGAGUGGUCUUAUAUAGGAGUUGUGUGGACGGUCGCGAAGGCCCCCUCCUAUCACUGUUCAUUCAACUCAAUGUGCUUAGCAACAACAUGGUUACUACGGUCAACAUUUUACAGGAAGGACGGGCAAUUCUUGUGGCUUUGUUUACGUUUAGUUUAGCGGAGAGACACCCUAAAUUAAAUGGAAAGACACUGUAAAUUGAAGAGAAAGAAGAACACUGAGGAGAUUUAAUCGAAAAUUACAAAGUUUCACAAUAAAACAGAUCGUGAUGCUUUGAACACAAUGGAAUUGUCAACAGAUGACAACCAGAGCUGUCACUUCAGUUCAUUAUCCUGGAGAUCUUCAGUCCUCCCUUCGAUCAUUAGUGAAAGUAAAAAAGAUUUUAUUAACAACAUUUCUGAACAAAUAAAGACUGAACUCCAGAAGACAGACUGCCCAGAUAAAGGACCUGAUGAGCAGCGAUACAUAGUUUACAAACAUGCAUUUGAUAAGGUAAUACAUUAUUGCAGUGCAUACAAACAUAUCCUCAGUUUUAUCAAACAGGAGUAUGAUGACUAUAUUAGCUUUCUGCAGAAGGAGAGAUGUUAUGCCAAUUAUCUUCAUGGAAAGUUACAGUUAAUUGCUGCUGAACCAGCAACUUUGGUAAACCUCCAGCAACGAGCAACUGAGCUUCAAGACAAAAUAGAAAUCAUCAACCAGGAUUCUUGCAAAUUCCAAACAAAUCUGCAGAAACUGAAAGAAGCAGAAUUGGCAACAACUCCACCAGCAAAUGAAGAACUACAUUUAGCAAAGAUAGAUCCUGCAAGACCAGUUCAAGGUCUGACAUCAGAGGAGUCAGUCGAUAUAAAAGCUCUUACAAAACACCUAUAUUACCUGGAGAAGAAGUUGCAAAAACUGCAACAAAUCAAGGACACCAAAUAUGUCCCUUUUCAAGUCCAGGAUAAGCUGCAACAGACAUUGCAUCAUGCAGUGCUGAAAAGAAAAGAGGCUACUUCAGGGAAUUAUAAACUGAAGUUGAGGCACAACCGUUUAAAAAUAUUGUCUGAUGCAAUUAUGUCCUGGACAGAAUCUGACAAACAUGUUCCUCUUCUAAAAUUCCUUCCCCAAACUUUGCUGACUGCUGCAUCCUUAAAAGCUUCUACAGCUGAGCAAGGUAGUCAUACUUCAAGAGAAUAUGAAGAAGAUGACCCCAGCAAAAUUAAGGAGGCUGAAAUUUUGCUGCAGUGCAUUGAAAGGUUCAAUGAACUGCUUGAAAGUGGUCAGUAUGAAGCAGCUGCAAUCCAUGCAGCAACCUCCCCUCAAAAUAUUCUUCAACACAUGAAAACUGUGCAACGUCUAAAAUCAAUCACUAUAACUAAAGGCGAAACAUCUCCACUUCUGCUGUAUUUUGAGAGUGUGUUAAAUUCAUCAGCUGCUACCAGCUAUCCUCCUGAUGUGGAUUUAAGCCUUGAAGCUGUGAACUGUGCCUUAAAAGAAAAUCGCUUGGAUCUUGUGGUGCACUGGAUUACUCAGCAAAGGUUGUCCUUUUCAGAUGUACUAGGAGAUGUCAUCUGCAAGUAUGGAGAGAAGGAACCUCAGCACAUGGACAUGUGCCUGGCAUUGGCUCAGGCUGUCUAUACCAAGUGUGCCUUAUAUGUUAAGGCAGUUCUCUGCAUGUGUCUACGGGGACAGAUUUGUGGGGCCAUGGAAUAUAUCCACAACUGGAAGACAUUUACUCUGGAUGACUAUCUGUUUUUGCUGAAGAAUUGUGCUAGUAUGAACCUGAUACAGAAACUGACACAGCCUUGGAAUGGAAAGCCAGCAGUGAUAUCAGUUGGUUUUGCUGUUCUGGCACUUGUUUCAACAGAUAACAAGGAGAUUGGAUUUCAGCUACUGGAAACAAUUAAGAUAAGCAAUUACAAAACUUUAGAACAAGUCAUUCUGACUGAUGAGAUCUGUAGCCCAGAAGGAUGGAAGAAGAUUGCUGACGAGUGCUCCAUUAAUAACUACAAUGCCUUGGCUGAAGAAAUAAUGUCAAUAAUUACAUCCCAGGAUGGGAUAUUGGAAAUUUCUGGCAAUGAUGAUGACAGAAAGAUAAUGGAACAUGUGUUCAUGUAAUCUACAUUUAGCGAUAGUAUGUAAGUGUAAUUCUAGAUGAUGGAUUUGUCAGUGUUUGCUGUCAUUCAGGGUGCUCUGAAAUAUUGUUCAGAAUACAACCAGAAGUAAAUGCUGUACAUUGAUGAUUAAUGUUAGAACAGGUUUCCAUGUUAAUGUAGAUGUGAUUUGCAGAAGAUUAUAUGGCAUGAGUUAAGAUGAAAAGCUGACAAAUUCAAUGUGUGGUACUUUUUUCUUUUAAAUCAGAAAUAUUUAAGCCAUAUUUCUUGUUUGCUUUCAAUAAAUAUGUUCCAUA